AUGAUAGCGCGUCGUGACACAUUGUACUCUAAAAUUAUUGUUUAUAAGAUGAUCGAACGUCUUCGUCUCUAUCAAAUACCAUGGUCUCAUUACUGUGACAAGGUUCGUUGGGCAUUGGAUUUGAAAGAACUUCCAUACGAAAUUGUAAAUUUUAAUGCAUUUGGAAAAACAAAAGGUUUAGAACGAGCGCCCAAGACAAUGCGCAAACUAAUGCCAAUACUUGAAGAUCCAAACAAUAAAGAUGGUAAUACAUUUCAAUGUGAUUCAACACCAAUUUUACUCUAUUUGGAUGCACAAUAUCCUCAAUCGUCUAUAUCACUUUUUCCAUCAUCAUCAUCAUCGGAAGAAUAUCAACAGGUUAUUGACACAUGUUUACGUCUUGAUUCCGAAUUAGGCCUUUACAUACGUCGCAUUGGCUAUGUUCAAAUACUCAAAGAGAAGUCAAGUGUAUUGUCACUUCUAUUUGGCGAAGAGUUUUCAUGGGCAAAUAAUCCAGAUGAUAUUCGUUCACGUUUGAUUAGUCCACUCAUCGCAUGUGUUAUGAUUGCUCGUUUUCGACUUCAUCGAAUACGUGAAGAGCAAAUAAAGGAGAAAAUAGAACAGAUUCUUCUAGAUAUUGGAAAUCAUUUACGUACAAAUGAUUAUCUCGUUGGUAAACAAUUCACGGCAGCUGAUUUAACAUUUUGUUCGCUUGUCAAAAUACUCAAAUGGAUACCCUAUUUCAAUGAAGAUCGUCGUUUUCGAAUUAUUUUCGAUUAUCAUGAACGAAUUCGACGAAAUUAUGAUCCAAAAUAUCCAAAUAUUGAUAGUUAUCUCGAAAAAAUAAUUGAUAAACAUCGAAUACAAACGAAAAGAAAUGAAAAAAAUUUAACUACUCGUAUCAAAACAUUUAUUCAUCGAAUUAAUUUUUUACAACAAUUUUUUAUUAUAUUUAUGACUAUGGUUGUAAAAAGUAUUUAUGGACCGGCAACUGACGAUGAAGAAGUUCUUCAAUUCAAGACAUCAUCACCACAGAAUAAGCAAGAAAAAGAAGCAUUCAACGAUCAACGACGAGUAAAUAUUAAGCCAUCCUGGUUAAUGAUUAAAUUCUUCUUCAAAUAUUACUGUCAUUUUCUAUUUACUAUUCCGAAUCAAACAGUCUAUUUAGAUAUAAAAGCAUAG